CAGAUUUUUAAAGAUAAGAGCCUGGUUUAACCAAAUUAUCUGCAGUGUCAGGCUCCAGGUUAGCACCAGAUCACGUUAAUUAUUGAUUGGGACGGCCCCACUAUAUAAAGAGCAGGCAGAGGGUAUUCUUCUCUCUCUCCUCAAACGACAAGAUGAGUUACAGGUCUGAAAUCCACUCUGCUUCUUCUUACCGGAAGAUUUUCGGAGACUCCCCACGCUAUUCCGCCUCUCCAUCGCGGCUGGGCGGCGUCUCUUCGUCGCGGAGUGCGAUCUCAUCCAGCGGCUUUAGAUCCCAAUCUCUCUCCCGUAGCAGCGGCUCUUCCCUGGGAGCAUACCGGAGACCUGGGCGGUCCUCUUACUCACCUGUGCGAAGCGAGGGCUUUGAUCUGAGCCAGAGCGCGGUUCUCAACAAUGAGUUUAAAAUCGUCCGAACCAAUGAAAAGGAACAAAUGCAGGGUCUCAACGACCGUUUUGCUAUGUUCAUCGAGAAAGUGCGCAAUCUUGAGCAGCAGAAUAAAGUCUUGGAGACCGAGCUGGUGGUGUUGAGGCAGAAGCAGACGGAACCCUCCCGCCUCGCGGACCUGUACCAGCAGGAGCUCCGGGAGCUCCGUUCUCAACUGGAAGAGAUGAACGGCGAAAAAUCCCAGGCUUUGAUUGAGCGGGACAACAUCGAGGACGAGCUGCAGAAACUUCGGUCCAAAUAUGAAGACGAGAUACGAGCGCGAGAAGAGGCCGAGCAAACCCUGAAAGCUUUCAAGAAGGACGUGGACGACGCCACCAUGGUUCGACUGGACCUGGAGAAGAAAGUGGAGUCUCUGCUGGACGAGAUCAACUUCUUGAGGAAGGUGCACGAGGAAGAAGUGGCGGAGCUAAUGAACAUGCUCCAGGCCUCCCAGGUGUCCGUUGAGAUGGAGGUGGCCAAACCGGAUCUCACCUCCGCACUGAAGGAGAUCAGAGGCCAGUACGAGACGAUGGCGUCCCAGAAUAUGCAGUCGGCUGAAGAGUGGUACAGGACGAAGUUCGCCGAUAUGAGCGACCAGGCCAACAGGAGCAACGAGACGAUCCGUGCGAGCAGGGAAGAGCUCAAUGAAUUUAGGAGGCAAUUGCAGUCCAAGACCAUUGAAAUCGAGAGCAUCAAGGGCACCAACGAAUCGUUGGAACGUCAACUCCAAGAGAUGGAGGAAAGGCACAACAACGAAAUCAUCACCUACCAGGACACCGUCGGUCAGCUCGAAGAUGAGCUGCGGGCCACCAAGAGCGAGAUGGCGCGUCAUCUGAGGGAGUACCAGGACCUGCUGAAUGUAAAGAUGGCGCUGGAUAUCGAAAUCGCGGCCUACAGGAAACUGCUUGAGGGGGAGGAGACCCGCCUGAGCACCGGGAUGAGCUACACCACCCACAGCUCCCCGCCCAGCCUGAACUACGGGUACCAGACGCGGCUGUACACCAGCUCCUCCUCCAAGCCCAGCAAGAAGGAGGAGAAGGGCGAGGAGGCGCGCGGCAAGCCGCCCGCCAAGGCCGCCUCCCAGCGCGAGACCUUCGAGGAGAUCAUCGAGGAGACCAUCGUCUCCACCAAGAAGGUCGAGAAGAACGAGCCGGGCGACGUCUACUCCGCCGGCCCGAAAAACUAAAGCGCGGCCCGUCCCUCUCUGCGCCCGGAAGGCUGUCCUACGCGAGAGGACGCCGCCGUAACCCUAACCUCACCCUCGACCCCUCCCACCACAGUCCUCGUAUCUGUCACUCACCUAGCAAUCUCUUGCAAACGCAGUCACUUCUGAGAUUUCAGGAAGCACUUUACAGUUUAAAAAAAAAAAAUAAUAAUAAUAGAUUCAGGCCUUUCACCGUACUUUGCCAAUCCCGCAUAGGACUCUCAAGUUUACAAAUGGCUGCAUAGUGAUUAAAUAGAUGUCAUGCAAGUCUACGUGCACUGCCAAGAACCGUUAAAUAUUCUCGACACAUUCCAGAGGGCAUGUGCAUGAGUGUGCACUGUGCGCAGUGAAUUGAGGACAUAACAAAUCUCUGGGUUAUACUUAUCAGCAUUAUUCCCACAAAUACUAAUGAAUAAAUGCAACCGCGUGUCUUUAUUCCAAAGUAAUUUGCACAAAGCACAAAAACAAUCUUGAAACCAUCUGAAAUUUGACUUGGAAAUUGUUCUUGAUGAGCAGUACGGCCAACAAUCAAGGCAAAACUGAUCUAGCUUGCAUGGUAGCAGUUUGUUGGAAGCAUCUUUAAAGCCUAUUAAGUAGCUCAGAACUAGAUGGGUCGAGGUAGGAUAUCUUUGAAGGCUCAUUCAAACUAGUCUUUUCACCGUCACUAUCACAUCUGUCAUGUAAAUUCAGUAGGAAUCAAUCAACUUCACGUCAGCUCACUCCCCAUUAUACAUGUCUCCUGUUCCAGAGGAACCCGAUAUCCGCAGUGGGGUCCAUACCUAAACCGCUCCGGCUGUGGCACCCAAAAGUGUUCCCCAUCAAAAGCAGUGCUCCUCUCCAAGCCUGCUCUUGAUGCAUUUGCUCAUAUAAUCUUAUAAAUGAAUGAAAUGAAUGAAAACUAUCGAGCCAUUUAGUUGCAUGACGUAUAUUUCACGUUUGCAUGGUGACCAUCUAUGGGGGCCAUGGAUUCUCUAUGUACGUGGCUGUGCGGUCAGUUGUGAAGAAGGUUUCAUAGCUCACACUGUAGCUGUCAUUGUGUUCUCCUUCAUUUCAUUACCAGAAAGGAGUAAGUGGAAGAGAGAGGCAGCUUACCCCCUGAGGCUAAUGUAAUUAUUGUGGAUGUGAUGUCUUAGCUCAGCAUUGUUUCCAGUGCUAGUCAGCGUUUAUGUGAUGGUGAAAGUUCUUAUUUCCGGUCACCUACAAUAUGCCAUGACGUAACGUCAUCCCAACCUGUACUGCACUGUCAGACUAGGUUUGCUGAGGAUAUUUUUCUCGCUAGUCCGGGCUAAAAAGGCUGAACGACUGCUGUGGAGCAGGCUUUUGUCUUCGCCCUCUCUUAUGCCGAAGUCCUUUUUCCCGGCGAGAAAAAAAAGAGCUGCAAAAAAAACGAAUGUUGUUUAGCACAAAUGCAUGGGCUGAUGACGCAGAAGUUUUAAAUUUGCAGUAUAGUUAGGGGUUGGGCUUUGAGAACCGUAUGCACAGUUUCUUCUCUGACAUUCUAAAUGUAUUCUCGAGGACGCCUGAAGCACACUUUUAACAGCAACGACCAGAUUCCAUACCAUGAUACUAAGCCUUAGUGAUUAUUAAAAACAAAACAAAACAAAAAAAAAAACAAACCAAAAUUUCAUAGAACAGACAAGCCAAAUUUUCAUAGACCUUUCAUUUUUCCACUUCACUACAAGCUCCUGACCAUUUCAGGUGUGGGGUCAUGACUGAAACGUGUUGUACCACAUGCAGGCGCCGUCGAGCAGGAAGCUAGCCAUUCCCUCCACCAACCUCUGCCCUGCGCACUGCUAAUGCAAGGGCGGCUUCUUAUUUCUUAAUUUGUAGUUCUGUGGUGGAUCGAUCACAGUACUUACAGCACUUACCAUAUGUUACCACUCACGCAACCUACAUCCAUUGGUUGAGUUUUGCUUUCACUGAGUUGAAAGAUUUGAGCACACCAAGUGAUAAAAUGCCAAUGAAACAUCAGGUGUACGAAAAGCUCACACCAUAGCUUAAAAAAAUGCUGUAUAACCAGCUGUAUGUCUGAAAGGAGUCUUGGGGUCGUCCUUCCUUUGACCUCACAGAGUACAGCCCUACAACACGUUUGCCUUGAGUCCCACGAUAUCUAAGCUCGUACCUUUGAGAAGUACGGGGGGGGGGGGCCUUUAGAAAGCAUUACAACAUAUCCAAUCAAAGACGCACCGACUGACUACACUGCCAAACUUUUCUAAUGCAUGUGCAACGCGCUUUCAUAAAAUAAAAUAAAAAUAAAAAUUCCCCUCCCCCACCUCCAGAAUACUUGCAACUAAUAAAAACUGAAUGAAUGCUGUAGGUUGUCAAACUGCCUUAAUAACAGCAGCUGCUUUCCGACUGACAGUUUGUGUGCUUAGUGUAUGGUUCUGUCCAGGAUGUGUUUCCUCCUCCUUUCUUUCUAGAAUUAGAACAUAACUGAUAACCAUAGUAACUGAAUGUAGUUAAAAUACUCUUCUUCCUACGUUCCUAAUGACUUUAUGGCACAUAUCAAUAAAGACUUGACAUUAA